AUGACUGAUUGGAUGACUUCGACUAACUGGGAACGAAACACUAUGUUAAAAUACGCUAGACAUGGCAGAAACAUAUCAUUUAGAUGUUGUAUGUCCGCAGUGGGCUUAAUUAUAUUUACAGUUUCUCUUCGUCUGUUGAAAUUUUUCAAAACUAUACACCAGCCAGGACGGACCCUUAUAUAUCAAUUAAAUAUUCAAAAGAGUCCGAACUAUGAAAUCACUUAUUUAAUUCAAAUUACUGGCGCCAUAUGUAUAAUUCUCACUAACUACAUGAUCGAUAGUUUUGUCUCGAUACUUGUGCUGCAUGUAUGUUCGCAGCUCACAAAUUUGCGGACAACAUUGAACAAUCUGGUGAACGAAUUAACUGACAACUCUACAUUUUCCACAAAAAAAGAAAGAUUUAGAAAAGGUUUAGCUGCAAUUGUUAAACGACAUAAACAUCUUAUCAGCUUAUAUGUAUAUUGCUACUCAGCUGAAAAACUUAUGGACGAGAGCACUAAUAUGGUGUACGGAGUAUAUGAAUGUAAAUGGUAUGGUCUACCAUCGAAAAACGCAAAAGAUUUAAUGUUGAUUGUACAUCGAUCCACGAUUCCUUUGAAACUGACAGCCGGAAAAUUCGGGAUAUUUUCAUUAGAGACGUUUGGAAUAGCUCUUAAAACGGCAAUGGCAUACUUAUCUGCACUGAUAACAUUGAGAGGUUAG